UCAGGAGACUGUGGAAGCGAAGCCAUGUGAGCGCGUCCGGGCCUGGACCAUUCACCAAACGGAUAGCAGUGUGCUGCGUUCAAGGGAGCCUCACUUUUGACCGGCAGCGCAGCGACUCGCAUCUCCACUCCGCCUCUCCGGAGAACUCGGACUCGCAGAGUCCGGAUCGGGGUCUUUAGUAGUCUCCUUCCUCCGCCCGGCAUGGACCCUUCACCGGACACCUGCGGACGGCGUCGCGUCGCGUUGCUGCUGUUCCUGCACCUCUUGGUCCCGAAGGCAGCAGCCGACUGUCCUAAACCUCAGGGACGGGUAAAUAUUGUCUUAACCAACGAAGCACUCCUUAUGAAUGAUUUUCCAGAGGGUGUGGAUGUCACUUUAGAGUGUGCUAAUGGCUACGUUAUUGAAAGUGGCUCUGGGAGCAUGACCUGCGUCGAUGAGAAAUGGACUGAACCAGAUCUCACCUGCAAAAAGAAGGACUGCGGGACCCCUAAACCCCAGCCCAAUAUGAGCUUUAACAUCAGCGCUGGUACCCUGUUCGGGGCCGUGAUGAAAGUAGUCUGUGAUAAAGGAUUCCAGGUCGACGGAUCCAGCUACAAACAGUGCUAUGCGUCUGGGUGGAGUGGAAGAGCCAAGUGUGGAAUUGUGACGUGCGAUGAACCCGGCGAAGUGACCAAUGGCAGAAGCUCAUGGGAGUCUCAAGACAAGCCAAAAUAUGGAGAAAUCAUACAGUACGUCUGCAACGAAGGAUACGCGCUGGUCGGGGGAAACAGCGCCGUGUGCAGCGAAACUGGCGAAUACGAUUCUCUGCCUCCCGCAUGCGAAGAAGAAGAAAUGGCAACACCAAGAGGAUCUACACCUCCAGCACAAGAAGUGACCACAUCUACAGAGCCGUCUGCCUCACCCACCGCUCCCAGAGUGGCGGGUGUCACAACCAGUGCGACACCCGCUGUCUCGCCUUCAGUACGAGGUGGCAGUCCCUUUUCCACCGCUGAGGGUAAAGCCACGACAACCAGUCAGACGUCAAUGGCGUCAUCUUCACUUCCAGGCGAGCAUUUUGGGGCUGUAGAUACUAACAAGGAUAUCGGGUAUAUGCCUGUUAUCGUCAGUGUGAUAUGCGUCACCUUAGUCGUGUGUAUUGUCGCGCUCUUUUUACACAAGUUUCUUCUGAAGAGAAAAGGCUCAUAUGACACCAGAGAAGACCUGAAGCCGGAGUUAUUACAGUUCCAAAAUCUUUAGAUUGCCUGCCUGACUAAGCUCUGCAAAUGGAACGGCGCCUAUCUAUUAAAGAGCAUCUGUGACCCUGGAGGGACGUGCCAAAUAAACUGAAGCAGUGCCUCACCGAGUCGAUUAGGGGGGGUCACUUCAAUGUUAUUGCACUUCAAAUGGCAGAUAAUCGAACAUGUAAAAGUAUCAUAAUUUAAAUCAAGCAUCCACUGACGAAAAAGCACUUUUUUUUUUUUUUUUUAAAUGAUUUUGUGAUUUGUUAUUAGUUUGAACAUUUGUAAAUACCUGAUGCCACUAUAUUAUUAAUAUUUGUACAUUAUUUAUGUAAUAAACUGGAAUAAACUCCUAUGAAGUA